CUGCGACUUCGCCGUGCAUGGCCUCAACCCAAACAGCUCCACGCUUCACAGAGGCAUCCUUCUCCGCUACACCUUCGCUGCCGCACGGUACAUUUUGCAAGAAGAAAUAAAGAAGAAUCGUGCGUCAGGUCGUCUUGCAACCCUCCCCGCCCCCCGUCCUCCGCACAACCACCACGCUCUAGCGCAUCCCCGCAACCCUUUGUAUAAACACUGCCUCGCGGCGCACACGAUCCGGACUACCUGUAUAGCCACCCUCUUGGCCUGCCUCUUUUCUCCGGCCAUGCGCGACCUGCCUGGUCUCUAGGGUGCGACUAUGAGCGCUGCUGCUCCCUUGCCGCCCCCAGCGCCCUCGCCCGCCUUCCCCAUGGCUGGCUAUCCAAACGGUGCAGACGGCUGGAGAGGCAGCGAUGGGCCCGCCGACCCUCGCGGCCCAGGUGGCCCAUUUCCGCCCAUAGCUGAGAUUGUCGGCUCUGCAACAGAGACGGUCGAGUCACUCAGAAAUCAAUCGAUCAAGUUUUUGUUGGAGCAAUGCAAAAUACACUUCCAGUCGGCCAAGCUCAUGGUGGCCCAAAGGACUCCCGCUGGCGCCUACUGGGAAUAUCUUGUAGCCUAUCAGAUCGUCGUCGACCUCAUACCACGGCACCGUGACUACUACGACAAGGUCGAAAACAGCCGCAGCCAGGUACAUCGCGACUUCAAAGAGCUAUUGAAAGACAUCAAAUCUAGCGAGGAGAGGUUUGUGCGCAUCAAGGACAUCAUCAAGAACGACAACCUCAGGAACGGUGGCCAGCACAAGUCUACAGCCUCAGUUCCAUCUGCACGGCCAGGCUCUCGCAAUACCUCUACUUUACCUAGACGAGACGACGAAUUGAUGCUACCGGAUGUGCCAACCUCAAUUCCGAAUGGCAGACCUUCAUCUGUGGGUUCUGUUGAUCCUUCACGAGGGAAGCCACCUGUACAACCAAAACCCCAAUCGCUCCACGGCCGGGCUAUUCAUCAAAGUGUGUCGUCUGUAAAUGGAGUAAAUGAUCUCGCCCAACGGUUCGCAAACCUUCGAGGUUUCGCGCCACCAGUGGACACGACUUCCACACGCUCGACCCAAGAUUUGUCAGUCAAGAUGCCAUCUCCUGCAGACUAUUCGUCCUCGAAUCGGCCCAUGGGCCCACGCGAUAUGCAGCCAUCUCCAUUACCAAAGCUACCUUUGAAUACACAGCUUGCCUCUUCCCUACCCAAAGAACCUAGCCCCACAUACAGUCCGGCCCGCAAUAUCUCCAACCCUGCCAGUAUCAACCCGCCUCGAAGUACGCCGAGGAGCAUGGUUGGUUCUGGAGCACGCAGCAACUCUCUAGCCUCAUCUAGCAUCUCGAAUCAUGCGCCGAAUGCGAAUGGCACGCUAGAUUCCUACUUCCCGGCCCAGUCAGGUGGACGCGACUCUAAUGGACGAUCAAUGUCUGUCAGUAAGUCCGUCGAGUUGGAGAUCGAUGCCAGCAAACUCUACGACUACUUCCGCAUGUACAACGUGCUUCUCAUCGAUGUGCGAGAUCGAGCAGAUUUCGACGCAGGGCAUAUUUACGUGCGUAAUAUUAUCUGUAUAGAACCGUUGGCAUUGCAGGACGGCGACUCUGCGGAGCAACUACUAGACCGCCUAGUCGUAUCUCCGGAUGAAGAGCAGAUCAUGUUCGACAAGCGAAAUGAUUACGAUGUUGUGGUAUAUUACGAUGACUCGACCGGGAACAUUGACUUCAUGCACAAGCACGGACGGACAGAGGGGGAACUUGCCCUUAAACGCUUGUUCGAUACAUUGCACGAUUUCAAUGUAGAGAAGCCUUUGAAGCGUCCGCCAGUUCUCCUCAAAGGCGGCCUCGAUGCAUGGAUAGAUCUAGUCGGAUUACAAGCACUAAAAAUGUCGACGACUGCUGCUCUGGUGGCCGGAGGAAAGCCGAGGACUCGAGCGAUUCGAAGGUCACCUGCUGCAAGUCUUCUUGCGCGGACUAACCUGCAAAAACGACGUAGAGAAUACGUUCCCAUGGACCCUGAGGAGGCACAAAAGUGGCUAGAGGAAGCUCGGAAAGGGAGAACGGCGGUCGAUCUGCCUGCCGCAGAUGGGGAGGAAGAGGAGGAACCUGCUUCGCCCUUCUACCGCACCACCGAAGAGUUCCUGCGUCGAUACCCAGACGUUGAAGCAGAACAGUCCAUGGUUUAUCCAACGUCGAAGCCGCAGUUUCAAAAUCACUAUGUCGCACCAGCCAUCCCAGCCGCGCCAUCUCGACCAGCUCCGUCUGUGCCUCGAGUCAGCUACAGUGGCGUUCACGAACGUCAGGUCACUGCUCAAAGCCGCAACAACCAACCUCCUGUUUACCUUUCUCAUCCACGCUUCAGCAAUGUCAGGCUGCACAAAACUGGAUUGCUAAACUUUGGUGUGACGUGUUAUAUGAACUCGGUGGUGCAGUGCCUGAGUGGUCAUCUGCUACUUUCAGAUCUGUUUCUGAGUCAACGCUAUCAUCGAGAUCUCCAAAGAGAUAACUGGAAGGGGACGAAAGGUAUUCUACCCGAGGCAUACGCGACACUUCUCUCCAACCUCUUCAAAGGUGAUGUCAGCUCUGUGCGCCCAAGCACGUUCAGGCGAAUAUGUGGUCACUUCAACUCUCAAUGGGGCAUCGAUGAGCAACAAGACGCCAAGGAGUUUCUUGAGUUUGUCUUGGACUACAUGCACGAAGACCUUAACGUCACUUGGAACAAGCCCCCGCUCAAGCCACUCUCUGACCAGCAAGAACUGCAACGGGAGCAGUUUCCGCGUCAGUAUGCCGCGAAGAUUGAGUGGGGUCGUUAUCAGCACCGGGACAUGUCCGUCAUUGGUGGCAUGUUCGCCGGACAACAUGCUUCGCAGCUUACCUGCCAGACUUGUGGAAUAACAAGCACCACCUACGAAGCAUUCUGGAGUAUAAGUGUAGAGAUACCACGUGAAGGUCAAUGCGACGUACGUGAUUGCCUCCGAUCGUACUGCGCGGCAGAGCGUUUGGCGGGCGAUGAAGUCUGGCGUUGUCCACGUUGCAAGAAGGAUCGCGAGGCUGUGAAGAAGAUUACGAUUACCCGCGCCCCGGACACGCUUGUCAUCCACUUCAAACGCUUCAGCGCGUCGCGGACCGAGAGCGCCCGCAAGGUCCGGACGCCUGUGCAUUUCCCGCUCCAAGGGUUGGAUAUGGGACCUUUCGUGGAGCCACCCAUGACGCCAGAGCAAGAAAUCUAUGUGGCGCAAAAUGCCCACGACGGCCCAGCGCAGCUGGCUGGCGUGAAGGCGGAUCCGACAAUGAACGGACCUUUCCAGUAUAAUGCAUACGCUGUCAUCUGGCACAUUGGAGCUACCCUUGGUAGUGGCCACUACAUAGCAUUCGUCAAGGACAAAUCGCGCGGUUGCUGGCGGUCGUUCAAUGACGACAAGGUUGUCGACUUCGAACCUGGCAACCUGCCACCAAACCAGCGUCUUCAGAAUGAGAAGGCUUACAUCGUCUUCUAUGAACGGGAGAGAGUCGCUGGAGGUGUGUUCUAAUUUCCACGCCGGCAUGGGCAUGGAACGGUACGUUAUUUGUAUAUGCGCUCACCUUGCUCGCAUCGUACGGCGUUUGAUUCCACUUUCGUACAGCGAGCGUGUCUUUUGGAGGAGUCACUGGAACCCAUUUGCAUUUUAGUCGAUGUCUUGAUUCACAACAGCUCGUAUUCUAGCAAGGGACUCAUCUGCAUGCAUGGCGUUGGCUUGGAUAGAUGUAGUGCUGGACGCUGCACAGGCGGUGUCUGGCUUUGUUUACUCGACAUGCUUGUGAGAAUCAUACAUCCGAAGUCUCUUAUCUUAGUGAAGAGGUCUUACUAUGCCGUUUAUAUCCGUUCAGAGGAGAUUUGGGUCGUCAUGCUGCAGGGCUGAAAACACUAGCAGUAAACCGAUGAUCGGCCCGCAGGAGCUAUGACCACCAAACUUUUCUAUCGUUAUCAGGCC